GGGACGAGCCGGGCGGCGGAGCCGGAGCCGAGAUCGGGAUGGAACGGGCGGCGGGGCCCGGAACCGGCACCGGUUCUGCUCUGGCCGCCUCGCUGGCCGAGGGGCUGAUCAAAUCGCCGCGGCCGCUGAUGAAGAAGCAGGCGGUGAAGCGGCACCACCACAAGCACAACCUCAAACACCGCUACGAGUUCCUGGAAACGCUGGGCAAAGGCACCUACGGGAAGGUGAAGAAAGCCCGGGAGCGCUCCGGGAAGCUGGUGGCCAUCAAAUCCAUCCGGAAGGACAAAAUCAAGGAUGAGCAGGACCUUGUGCACAUCCGGAGGGAGAUCGAGAUCAUGUCCUCCCUCAACCACCCGCACAUCAUCGCUGUGCACGAAGUGUUCGAGAACAGCGGCAAGAUCGUCAUCGUGAUGGAAUACGCCAGCAAGGGGGACCUGUACGAUUACAUCAGCGAGCGGCAGCGCCUCUCGGAGCAGGAGGCGCGGCACUUCUUCCGCCAGGUCGUGUCCGCCGUCUACUACUGCCACAAGAACGGGAUCGUGCACCGGGACCUGAAGCUGGAGAACAUCCUGCUGGACGCCAACGGGAACAUCAAGAUUGCAGAUUUCGGGCUGUCCAACGUUUUCCAGCAGGACAAACUCCUGCAGACCUACUGUGGCAGCCCCCUGUAUGCAUCCCCUGAGAUCAUCAACGGGCGGCCCUACAAGGGCCCCGAGGUGGACAGCUGGUCCCUGGGUGUCCUCCUCUACAUCCUGAUCCACGGCACGAUGCCCUUCGAUGGCCACGACUACAAAACUCUGGUCAAGCAGAUCACGAGCGGGGAGUACCGGGAGCCCCCGAAGCUCUCAGAUGCCUGCGGGCUGAUCCGGUGGAUGCUGAUGGUGAACCCCGAGCGCCGGGCCACCAUCGAGGACAUCGCCGCGCACUGGUGGGUCAACUGGGGCUACAAAAUGUCACUGGGCGAGCAGGAGCUGCUGCGGGAGAGCGAAUCCCCGCUGGCCGUGGUGGCCGAGUGGCUGCGCCGCUCGUCCCGGCCCCUGCUGGAGAACAGCUCCAGGGUGCGCUGCUUCCUGAAGCAACACAUCCCCGGCGUGGCCCUGGAGCGGCAGCGCUCGCUCAAGAAAUCCAAGAAGGAGAACGACGUCUCGCACGCGCUGCAGGAGGUGCCCGCGGGCCCCGAGAACCCUUCCAAGUCCAUCCUCAAGCGGCCCAAGGGCAUCCUGAAGAAGAGGAACUCGUGCGAGCAGAAGGUGCCCGGCCCCGGUCCCCCCACGGCGGAGGAGGGCGAGGGGGUCCCCGCGGGGCUCUCCCGGGUCUCGGCAGCAGCGCCCGCGGCCGCCCCCAAGAAGGGAAUCCUCAAGAAGCCCUCGGCCAGAGAGUCGGGCUAUUACUCGUCCCUGGAGUGCUGCGAGUCCGGGGAUGUGCUGGACGCGGGGAGCUUGGACCUGGACGGGGCCGUGUUUGCCGAGCCGCCCUCCCCGCGUCCCCAGGGGCUGCCGGCCCGCAGGAAAGGAAUCCUCAAACACAACGGCAAAUUCUCCUCGGGCAGCCCCGAGCAGGGAAAUCCCCCCGGGAGGGACUUCGGGGGGUUCAGCGAGGUGUCCCUGCCCCCGGGACCCCGCGCCCGGCCCUCCAGCGCCGUCAGCGAGGACAGCAUCCUCUCCACCGAGUCCUUCGACCAGCUGGACCUGCCCGCCCGGCGUCCCCCCGGUGCCGGGGCCGUGCGGGGCUGCGUGUCCGCCGAGAGCCUGGUGCGGCUGGAGGAGGAGGAGGAGCGGGAGGAAGGGCGGAGGCUGCGCCGCUGGACUGUCACACAUUGCCGCAGCCCCUUGGCGGAGCGAGCUGUGACAAUGGCACCGAGCUCUACCGGCGCGCUGUGGCCGUCGGGGUGAAGCUGAGCUGAGCUGAGCUGAGCCGAGCUGAGCCGAGCCCAGCUCCCUCCGGGCUCUCCCCAUGCUUGGUGCGUUUUGGGGAUGGGGCUGAGCCUCCCUCCCUUCCUUCCCCGGGGCUGCCGGUGCUGCUGAUCCACAUCCCACGGAUUUAUUUGGCAGCCUAGGGGCCGGGGGAUGCCCCAGGAGCAGGACAUUGAAUGGACCAAACCCUCCAAAGUGACCCCCGAGGAGGGGCUGGGGGGUCCCGGGGGCUCCUCGCUGCCGUCCUCCCCUCUGAACUCAUCAGCAAUGGGCUGGGGGGGAUUUUUGUUUUCUUUGCACUGUUUUUUUGGCUGCACAAGGUAACGGAGGGGGUGGGUGAUAUACCUCAAACAAGCUGCAGAUGUAGCAGGGUGCUGGCGAGGGCUCCAAGGUGCUGCCCGUGGGCUUUGGGAGGUGCUGGGGGCACCCAGGCCACGGCUCUGAGUGCUGAGAAACUGGAUUUGGCCAAAAGCCCGGGCUGGGAAAUGCUGUGAUGCCAACAUCUCUCAUUGUAAUGUGGAAUAACAAAAAAAAAAAAAAGAAAAAAGAAAAAAAGGUGCCUUUGGUGAGGCACCGUGUCUUUAUUUAUUGAUUUCUUGCCUUUGCCCAGGCUGGUGGGGAGGCAGCAGCACGGGAUGUGUCUGGGUGUUUUUGGGGAGGUGUCCUUGUGUCACACGGCUCCCUUGCACUAUUGCCACGUGUGCUCGUGUUGUGCUUUCCCUCCUGCCUGCAGCACGGGCUGGAGAAAACCAUUAAAUUAAAAGCAAAUGGUAAAGCUGA